AUGUUUUCAAAUAUCUUCUUUUUAUUCUUUUAUUAUCUAAAUAACUUAUUAUUAAACACGAGCAUAAUGUCUAAAAAUAUCCCUAAUAAGUCUGAUGUCAAGGACUCCAUAAUCUCGGAAACCAACAGAGCCGAAUAUUACAGUUUAUUGAAAGAAUACAACUCCAAGAAAUCAUCACACUGGGUCUUUUCCGUUGUUCCAGGUAUUUUCCAACAAUCUUUAGAAGAUACCGAUGAAACCAAGUUUGAUACCAUUAAAGAACACUUUGGGAUCAUUCCUACUUGGGAUGAAGUGAUCAACCAAUUACACACCUUGAAUGACAACACCGAUGAUGAUGUUCAAUAUAAAUUAUUCUUUUUGGCAAGACACGGUCAAGGUUUCCAUAAUGUCAAGCAUACUGAAAACCCAGAAUUAUGGGAUAGUUAUUGGAGUCAUUUGAACACUGAUGGAAAAAUCGUUUGGGGUCCAGAUCCUGAAUUGACAGAGUUAGGUAUUCAACAAGCUAAAGAUAAUAAUGUUGCUUGGAAAGGGGAAAUCACCAAUAAUAAGAAUGAAAAUCCAAAAUUGAUUGUUCCUACUAGGUUUUAUUCAUCACCUUUUAGAAGAUCAGUGGAUACAUUGAUCAACACUUGGGAAGGUAUUGUAGAUUUGAAAGAAGUCAAACCAUUGAUUCAAGAAAACUGGAGAGAAACUAUUGGUGAGCAUACUUGUGAUAUGAGAUCCAAUAGAACUACAAUUGCUGGUAAGUACGAACCAUUAGGAAUUGAAAUUGAACCCGGCUUUGAAGAAGAAGAUAUUUACUGGAAACCAGAUUAUAGAGAAACCGUUGCUGAAGAAGCAAUUAGACACAAUGCAGGAUUACAAGAAAUAUUUGACAAUUAUCCAAAAGACGAAGUUAUUAGCAUAACAAGUCACAGUGGUAGUAUUAGAGCUCAAUUAAUGGUAUUGGGACAUAGACCUUUUGCUAUUGGUACCGGUGGUAUGAUUCCAGUAUUUGUGAAAGCAGUUAAAGUUAAGUAA